CCGCGAUCGGCCCCGAUUUGCCUCGGUGUGAGCCGAGAACAGCCGAAUUCCAUUCACGACGAAGACUUAGACGAGCUUUAAUCUAUUUCGAGCUCGCCAAAUUUCAAGUCAUAGAAAAGCAUUAGACACAAUGCUUUUCCCCACGGCGACAAGGUCUGUUCUCAGAAGCGUUGGCGCUCUGCCACGCUCUACUUCGGCUUUCUCGAGUCCUUUCAGCAGCCCCUCGGCUCUCCGAAGAUUAUUGUCGUCGUUGGCCGUCCUAGAACAGCGCGACGGCAAGCUCAACCACGGCUCCUUAAGCGCAGUCACGGCCGCAAAGAAACUCGGCGGCUCGAUACAUGGAUUUGUUGCCGGGAGCAAUAUCAAAGCUGUCGCAGAAGAGGCGGCAAAAGUAGAGGGCGUUGAGAAGAUAAUCGCGGUAGACAACGCCGCUUACGACAAGGGUCUACCCGAAAACUAUGCGCCUUUAUUAGUUGAGAAUAUUAAGAAAGGUGGCUACACACAUAUUAUUGCAGGACACACUGCCUUUGGGAAGAGCUUAUUGCCGCGGGUCGCCGCACUCCUCGACUCUCAACAAAUAUCAGAUAUCACUGCUAUCGAGAACGAGAACACUUUCGUCCGUCCGAUAUACGCUGGUAAUGCUAUCGCUACCGUCGAGUCCUCCGAUCCUGUGAAGGUUAUCACUAUUCGUGGCACGGCCUUCCCCGCAGCUGAAGCGCAAGGCGGUUCUGCCACCAUUGAAGAUGGUGCUGAUCCCAACGUGGAAAUAUCCGUAGAGUGGGUUUCUGAAGAUCUAGCGAAAUCGGACAGGCCAGACCUAGCAACUGCCGGCAGGGUCGUUUCCGGGGGCAGAGGUCUCAAGUCGAAGGAUGACUUCGAUAAGAUCAUGCUCCCGCUUGCGGAUUCAUUAGGCGCUGCUGUCGGUGCCUCUCGUGCAGCUGUGGAUAGCGGAUACGCCGACAACAGUCUACAAGUUGGCCAAACCGGCAAGGUUGUCGCUCCCCAAUUAUAUAUGGCCGUUGGUAUUUCCGGCGCAAUCCAGCACUUGGCGGGUAUGAAGGACAGCAAGGUAAUUGCUGCUAUUAACAAAGACGCUGAGGCACCGAUAUUCCAAGUGGCUGACGUAGGGUUGGUCGGUGAUUUAUUCGAGAAAGUACCCGAGUUAACAGAGAAGCUGAAGAGCUCGUAGUUAUAUGAAUACAAUGUUACAAUAGCCC